AUGAAGACGGCGGUGCUUCUCGCAGCAGCCACCUCGGCCUCUGCGGCCGUCUACAAGACGCCGCUCAAGAAGGUCUCUCUGUCUGAGCAGCUGGAAUUUGCCAACAUCGAGACCCAAAUGGCUGGCCUCAAGCAGAAGUACUCUCAGCAGCACAUGACCGACCUCAAGUCGCAGUCUCAGUCUCACAUGGAGGCGGCGUUGAAGGCACCCUACAUUGCCGACGGAACCCACCCCGUGCCCGUCAGCAACUUCUUGAACGCGCAGUACUUCUCCGAGAUCUCGCUCGGUACUCCUCCCCAGACCUUCAAGGUCGUUCUCGACACUGGAAGCUCCAACCUCUGGGUCCCCUCGCAGAGCUGCAACUCGAUUGCCUGCUACCUUCACACCAAGUACGACUCUUCAGCGUCGUCGACAUACAAGAAGAACGGCACCGACUUCGAGAUCCGCUACGGAUCCGGCUCGCUCAGCGGCUUUGUCUCUCAGGAUGUCUUCCAGAUUGGCGACCUCAAGGUCAAGCACCAGGACUUCGCUGAGGCGACAUCCGAGCCCGGUCUUGCCUUCGCCUUUGGUAGGUUCGACGGCAUCAUGGGUCUUGGCUACGACACUAUCAGUGUCAAGGGCAUAGUCCCUCCCUUCUACAACAUGCUUGAUCAGGGUCUCUUGGACGAGCCUGUUUUCGCCUUCUACCUUGGCGACACCAACGAGGGCCAGGAGUCCGAGGCUACCUUUGGUGGCAUCGACGAGAGCCACUACACUGGCAAGAUGGUCAAGCUUCCCCUCAGGCGCAAGGCCUACUGGGAGGUUGAUCUCGAUGCCAUCACCUUCGGCAAGGAGACGGCUGAGAUGGACAGCACUGGUGUUAUUCUUGACACCGGUACAUCUCUGAUUGCCCUUCCUUCCACCAUCGCCGAGCUCUUGAACAAGGAGAUCGGUGCCAAGAAGGGCUUCAACGGCCAGUACUCGGUUGAGUGCGACAAGCGUGACAGUCUGCCCGACCUCACCUUCACUCUUACCGGCCACAACUUCACCAUCAGCGCUUUCGACUACAUCCUCGAGGUUCAGGGAUCUUGCAUCUCUGCCCUCAUGGGUAUGGACUUCCCCGAGCCAGUAGGACCUCUUGCUAUCCUCGGUGAUGCUUUCCUCAGGAAGUGGUACUCGGUAUACGACCUCGGUAACUCUGCUGUCGGACUUGCCAAGUCCAAGUAA